AUGGAGACUACUUGUUCUAGUGAUGGGAGUUCCUAUGAUGAGAUGCCAUUCGGGUACUUCAAUCAGCCGAGUCACUCUUUCACAACAGCCUCAUAUACAGGGACGGUCAAUGAAGUUCCAAUGUCUGAUUUUGACUGGACUGCGAAGAAUUUGUCUUUCGUUUCCGAGACUGAAGAUACGCCCUCACUCUCGUCACCCUAUGAGUUCAUAGAUAUGCCAAAGGACGAACCGCCUACCUGGGGCAACAUGCCCUACGGGACCCAGAUGCCCUUCAUCCCUAUCUCCAAUGACAAGAGUGUCGGGUUUCAACCUUUCAAUUCGCAAUUCCAAGAAUGUUCUACCUCAUGGACUUCAUGGCCGACCAACGCAGAGAACUGCAUACAGCCAUUCGCAGAACAUAUGGAUCAAUCUUCAAACUACGCCGAGUUUCCAACAGACUGGCGAUCACAGAUCGAUCACCCCAUGGUCCAAGACUAUAAGGUCUUCCAGACCAUCCCUAAUACACCAGACCAGCAACACAUCUUCCACCAGGAAUGCACACAAACCAGCACAUACACUCUGUCUCAUACCACAACAACAACCUCACUUCAAGACCAAGAACCCAGAACAAGCUUCAACUACAUUACCCCCCAACCCGAAAUAGCAACCAUCAUCCAACAACCAUCCCACCACCUCGCCACAGGUGCCAAUGACCAUCAACAACACCCACACCACCCAAUGCAAGCAGCAAUCCAACACACACCAGAAUCCCUAUCCCAGCCCGACUCCCCAAUCCAAGCACAAGUUGAGAGCCGAACUCCAAACCACUUAAAGGCAACCCUCCACUACUCAGACUCCCGAAACGCCUUUCUAAUAGACUGCAAGCGCCGUGGCCUCUCCUACAAGGAAAUCAAGCGCAUGGGCGGGUUCAAAGAAGCCGAAUCAACACUCCGGGGUCGGUUCCGGACAUUAACGAAGUCGAAGGAACAGCGUGUUAGGAAACCUAAGUGGGUGGGACAGGAUGUAAACCUCCUCAUCGAAGCAGUCUCAAUCUUUACAGAUAAAGACCACUAUGAUUACGAAGGUGACGAUGUACAACCGGACUUUCCUGCUGGUGUGGUGAGCCAGGCUCAGGCCCAGAAUCACGAUGGCAGUCAGAACCAGGCUCUUGCGCCGAAAGUCUCGUGGAAGAAAGUAGCUCAAUUUAUUUGGGCUAAUGGGGGCAGUUAUCAGUUUGGCAAUGCGACUUGCAAGAAGAAAUGGUGUGAGAUUUAUGGGGUCAAUAUGUGA